AUGAUUGCUUGUGCUGGAUUGCAAGGGAAUUUGGGAGAUGAAAUCUUUUCUUUUCCACGCCUUCAGAAGAUAGAUUUGGGAUGUAACGAGAAUCUCACAGGCUAUCUUCCAAAGUCUACUUGGAGUAAUUCCCUCAGUGGCUCUUUACCUGCAACAUUCUUCAAAUCUUUUGAAGCUAUGAAAAAAGCAAAUGAAGAAUAUGGCUUGCAUUACAUGGGUUAUGAAAACAACUCCAUAGGACAAUAUCAAGACUCGAUCGAGGUAAUCAUUAAAGGAUUGGACAUUCAUUUAGAAAAGGUCUUGACUGUUUUUACAACUAUUGAUGUAUCCAACAUGUUUGAAGGAAAAGUUCCACAAGUUAUCAGAGAGCUUGAUGCAUUGAAGGGACUCAAUUUUUCACAUCAUAUGCUAACUAGUGAAAUUCCAAGCUCAAAUGGAAAUUUGAGAGUGUUGGAAUCCUUGGACUUGUCAUCAGACAAGCUUGCAGGAAAAAUUCCUCCAGAAUUGGCAAGUCUUGACUCUCUUGGAUACUUGAACCUAUCACAAAAUAAGCUUGAAGGAUGCAUUCCUGUGGUACCACAUUUUGACACAUUCUCAAAUGAUUCCUUUAAAGGAAACAAGGGCUUGCAUGGAUUUCAACUUAACAUUCCAUGCCUCACUCAUGAGAAAAGUCAACCCCCACUAUCAAGUUCAAGUUCUGAUGCUGAAUUUUUUGAAUUUGGAUGGAAGCCUAUUCUGCUAGGGAAAACCCCUUCGGAUUGCAAAUAUGGUGCAUGA